GUGUGAACUGUGAAUUGUGAUCUCCAUCUGUCAAAAUAGAGACGAGGAAGAGAAGAGGACAUUGGAAUUAAAAUUUAUUGCUCUACUUAUUGUGUCCUAAAAACAAUUUUUGAGUGAAAGUUACUGCAAAUAAUUAUAUAACAAAACAGUUUUCAUGUUUGCUUUCAAUUUAACAAGUCAAAAUGGGAGACUCGCCGUAUUUGACUUGUUUGGUUUUGUAUAUAUUUUCGUUUCAAAUUAUUGUCACUAAUUCACGUACCUCUAAUAUUUGGAAGUUGGAUGUUGAGCAAGGUCAGAUUGUUGACGGAACAACUAUAUCGCAGGAUGACUCUGACAAACCCAAAAUGAGUGAGGAAGAUGUUGUUUUCAAUAUAAUCACAUCAACUGUGUACUAUGGCAACACUUGGACUAAGCACAGUUUUGAUAUGUUUUGCACUGACUGCCAGUUAUAUGAACAACAGAGGAGCAUUUCCGACAACAAUGAAGAGAUAAAUCAAGCAGAAACAAGUAAUGGAGAAGCAGAUGAUGAGUAUUUGGAUUGUGGGAAAGCAGUCAAUUUUACGUAUUAUGACAACCUGGUUGGUGUGGCCAGACGUCAUAGACAUCCUAAUGUACCUGAACCGCAAGUUGCCCUUAUCUUUACAAAGAAAAAAUCAUAUAAAAAUGGUGUAACAGAGUUAGAUAUUAAUGCCUUAGAGAAGCGCCUUAAAAAGGCUAAAAGAGAAAAACCAAAGUCAGUACAGUUGUAUAACCAAAUUGGUAACUUUUGGAGAAUCAAAGGUGACACAAGACAAUCUAUUGAGUGUUUCCGUCGUGCCCUUGCCGUCUCUCCAUAUAAUGCAGAAGUACUCCUCAAUCUAGCGCGCGUGCUAUUCACACUGCAGUAUUUAGAUGACGCAAUAUACUUGACGCGCCGAUCGCUCGAAGUUCAGCCGCCCGACCGCAGCGCGUGGCAGCAGUACUUCACGCUCGGCGAGAUAUUCAAAGCAUAUGGACAUUAUCAGGAAGCUGCAGUACACCUUAGGCACGCAUUAGACCUAAGGCCGGACUUUGAGCCAGCGCUGGUCGCUCUCAGAGACAUUGAGAACAUACCUGAGGCUACUGUUCAUGUGUACACCCUACUUAUUAUUGUGUGUUUGGUAAUGGGUGUGCUACUAGUGAUACUAUCGUCAGUGGACAACGGCAGCGAAGCGGACGAGCACAAAACGCAGCGGCACUUCAACCGCGCGAUGGCGAUGCGGUCCCUGCGCGGGGUGGUCGGCGCGCGCGGGAGAAAGAAAGGCGGCUCAUAGAAUGAUGUUAGUGCGUUUACGAUCUCGGCAACGUUCUUUUUUUAAACUUGUCCGCUUUUUUUUCUUAUAUGCCAUGAACAUGGUGAGAAUUGGAAUUACCUAUGUAAUGAGGUUAAUUUUAUUUUGAUUUGUUGCGUGUGAAACGCUGGAGCUUUAUUGAUUUGGCGCUCCAUCAAAUUAAGCGUUAUUGAUUUGUUUUGUUCAUUGAGUUUUUACAGUAAUUGUAAACAAAAUUUUAGAGUUAAAAUUUGCUAUUCUUUAAAUGAGCCGGCUAGUAGACGCCAAAACAAAAACUUGAAUAUGCUUGCGUGAAUUUUACAAAAAUGUCAUUGGUUAGUUUACGUUAAAAGCAGUUUGCAUUGUACUUAUUGUCAUUGUCUUGUGUAUUUUAAAUUUUGACAUAUUUUGAUGUUUAAUUACUUUUAGUCAACAAACUAAAAUGCGUAUUGCAUCAUUGACCAUUUUUGUGGGACAAAUGAGAAUCGUUUGUCUCUAGAUUUAAACAUUUGAGGAUUUUGAACUUUUGGUGUAUUAUGUUGAUGUUUUAAAUAAUAUUAUUAAAAAAAUGUUACAUUGUCGCAUUACACAAUUAUUUUUAAUGACUAUGCAUUGAUUUGCUAGAGAUCGUAAACAUCUAUCGCUUGCAAAUUCAAUGAAUAUGUAGCAGGCUAAUAAUGACGCGCCUGAAAAAGGACCUAAAAAAUUGUGGUACUGUUCUAUUAAUUGGUUAUUUUUUUCGUAUUAAGUAUUGUCGUACUGAAAAUUAUUUUUUAUUCUGUAUAAGAGUGAAUUUCGUUUCUAAACUUAAAUGAAAGCACAUCUAUGUGCAUAAUUUUGUUGAUAACUAUAAAGAUCAUAAAAAUGAUACUAUUGCUCUCAUACAGAGUACUAAAUGAGUUCUUCCAAAGUGAAUAAUUUAUUUUUGAGUUGUGAACUAACUAAAGAUGCUAUGACGAAACUAAUGACAGGUUGUGUUCUAAUUUUAUUUAUUUAUAAGUAAUUUAAUGGAACAGUACCUUCAAUAGAGGCUAUAAUGGCUUAUGUACAAAUAUUACGUAUAUAGAAAAUGACCGGUUAGGUCUUGCCAUGUUUUAUAUUUUGAUCUCUGCUGUGUAGACAGUUAACUUAGUCCAACGAAAUUAAAUCUAAAAGUCGUCGUUACAACUAAAAAAUUAAAAUCCAAAAACUUGAAGCAAUCAUUAAUAUAUUUGCUUUAAAUAAACUUGUUAAAUAACAAUACUUUACGUAUUGAAUAUGUCUCGAAUUUUAAGUAUUCCGAAGUGGUGUUUAAUGUGAAUGCCGUUCUGAAGAAAAACUAGAAUUGGAUUUGUGUAAAGCCAGAGUAGAUGACAAACCUUGGUCCAUCAGUGUUAGGAGUGAGCGUUACAUUUCAACCUAGUCAAUCACUUAGACAAGUUUGGUCCGCUUUCGCGGCGUGGUGUGUAAUUUGUAUUGUAGUGCAUGCGAGUAACUUGUUAAGCGUUCGUAGCGUCUAAGGAUUUUAAGAGAGCAAGUCUUGAAUUCGGAGAUUGGUAAAAAUGUACCUGUUUUCAGUGGUUCUUUUGUUAAUUUUUGACUAUUUAUUACUUAAAUACACGAUUGUCUUAGCAUCUAAA